AUGGGUCGGGGUGCAGUCCAAGCCUCCUCGCACCGAAACAACCAGUUCAGGGCGCCUUUGCGCACCGUGGCCACUUGGGGUCGCACUUUAUGCCUGUUUGAACGGCCGCACGCACGACACACAUUCACUCGGCCCGCGGCGCCGAGGACACAAGAGCGUCGCCCACUGGGCGGGGGCCGCUUGGGAACAAAGGGCCUGGGAAGCGUCAUCCGGGCGCUUAUUCUGAGCCUACUUGAGGGUGACACCGGCCAAGGGUGGGAGUGCAAAGAAUAUCUAGGGAGGCGUGAGUGCCGGCAGGGGGGUGGGAACAGCGGUUUGGUCCAGAAGUGGGGCGCGCACCGAAGGCGAGUGUGCGAGGACCUCAACUCCGAGGGGUUGGGGCUGAGCAUGGGGCCAGAGCUGCCCACCAGCCCGCUGGCCAUGGAGUACGUCAACGACUUCGACCUUCUCAAGUUCGACGUGAAGAAGGAGCCGCUGGGGCGUGCGGAGCGUCCUGGCCGGCCCUGCACACGCCUGCAGCCAGCCGGCUCGGUGUCGUCCACCCCGCUCAGCACACCCUGCAGCUCGGUGCCUUCUUCGCCCAGCUUCAGUCCGACCGAGCAGAAGACCCAUCUCGAGGACCUGUACUGGAUGGCGAGCAACUACCAGCAGAUGAACCCCGAGGCGCUCAACCUGACGCCCGAGGACGCCGUGGAGGCGCUCAUCGGUUCGCAUCCAGUGCCACAACCGCUGCAGAGCUUCGACGGCUUCCGUAGUGCGCACCACCAUCACCACCACCACCACCCUCACCCUCACCACGGGUACCCAGGAGCCGGUGUAGCUCACGAUGAGCUGGGCCCGCACGCUCACCCGCAUCACCACCACCAUCACCAAGCGUCGCCGCCGCCGUCCAGCGCUGCCAGUCCGGCUCAACAGCUGCCCACCAGCCACCCGGGGCCGGGACCGCACGCAGCGGCCGCAGCGACGGCUGCGAGUGGCAACGGGAGCGUGGAGGACCGCUUCUCAGACGACCAGCUGGUGUCCAUGUCGGUGCGUGAGCUGAACCGCCACCUGCGGGGCUUCACCAAGGACGAGGUGAUCCGCCUGAAGCAGAAGCGGCGGACCCUGAAGAACCGGGGCUACGCCCAGUCGUGCAGGUAUAAACGCGUCCAGCAGAAACAUCACCUGGAGAACGAGAAGACGCAGCUCAUUCAGCAGGUGGAGCAGCUUAAGCAGGAGGUGUCCCGGCUGGCCCGAGAGAGAGACGCCUACAAGGUCAAGUGCGAGAAACUCGCCAACUCCGGCUUCAGGGAGGCGGGCUCCACCAGCGACAGCCCCUCCUCUCCCGAGUUCUUUCUGUGAGUCGUGGCGGGUCCCGGCCCUCGCCCUUGCCCUGGCCCUGACUCCCUGUCCUGUGCCCCUAACCCUGGACUCCCUGUCCCUGCCAUGGCCCUGGCCUUGACCUGUUUGACUCGAAAGAGGGAGGAAGGACGUGCCGGCCGCGGGCGACGGGCGGGAGCGCGGGCGGGUAGGCAACCUUGGCUCAGAAGAGAGCAGCUCAGGCCAGCGCAGCCUGCUAGACUUGGGCAGAGUCAGAGAGACCGGGGAGGGUGGGAGGUCCCGGAGUAACUUUUCUCCAGGCUGGAAGGCCGCGAGGCAUUUUCCAAGGAGUCGCCAAAGCCGUCUGGACACUUCUGGCUCUGGGAACUUUGGGAGUGCCAGGGCCGCCGAUUCGCAGCCCAGAGCUCAGUUCGCCCCAGGAAGAGCAGAGGAGAGGAAAGGAGAGGAGAGGGACUCUGGAGUCCCCUAGGGCGAGAGGCAAGGCUGAGCUAAGGAAGGAAGAACAGACAGAUCUGUCUGUCCAGAGUCCGGAGAACACUGGCUCUCAGCCGGAGACGCCGGCCUCUGUUAGGACAUUCGGCGCGCGAAGAAAAAAAAAAAUCUCAUCAGUUUUAUUGCCUGCUCGAUUAUAUAGAAAAAUACGAAAAUCUGCAUUAAAAAUAUUAAUCCUGCAUGCUGGACAUGUAUGGUAAUAAUUUCUAUUUUGUACCAUUUUCUUGUUUAACUUUAGCAUGUUGUUGAUCAUGGAUCAUAACCCCCUUGUUUCUUUGAGUGAGAAGGGAUGCAGUUCCAAAACUCCUGCGGCUGCGAAAGAGCGGAGUUUCAGUCGCCGGCCGGCUUGUAAAUUACCCGCCUGGCCAAACCACACUGAGAACGUAGCAGCAAGCUGAGUCUUUGUUUGGGUUUAUUAUUAUGGCAUUUUUGUUUGUAAGUGAAAAAUAAAAGAAAGCUAGAAAGCAACCAACUUUGUCUUGGGGAACCUUUGGAAUUUGGAUAUUCGGUCCCCCUUUCCUUCCCAUUUUAGUUUUCAGUUUCGUUGGUUUUGAGGGAAAGCUUGUAAGGGAGAGACAGCUGUGGAUAUCCACACUUUGGGUGCAGGAGCGUGUCCUCUACCCGGUCUUCUGACCAAAUUGACCUCCCCGCCCCCA